UGUGCACGCAAUUCUUGACACAAUAGAUGAUUUCUAUUUCAAUGCGUGAUAUUUUGGAGCGAGUAUUUACAAUCGUCAGUUCAAUCGUUCUUUAAUGUUAAUUAUUUGGCUUUAACCCCAAUUCUAGAGCACUUCAGGGCAUUAGAGUAAAGUAAAAUAAAUUUUUAAAAUGGAUGGAGAAGGAACGAAAGCCGAGGGUGCAACGAAAAUAGUGGAGCCUCCGAUAACAGUACCAAAUCCAAGAAAUAUUCAACCGACAGUUGCUCAAACACAAUCCAACAUGUUCAAAAUCUUGGAGACUUUUGACACGAAACUCUCAGCGGAUUCGGUUGAGUGGUGUACCAUUGAGGGUUUUAGGGAUCAUUUUGUUUGUGGCACGUAUCAAUUGUUAAAUCGAGAGCAGCAGAGUGAAUCUCUGGCGAAUAAUACUCAAAAACGUCAGGGGACAAUUUAUCUAUUUCAAGUUGUUACACCGGGAAAGUUGCAUUUACUGCAAGAAAUAAAUGUGCCAGGGGUUUUAGAUAUGAAAUGGGCUCACGUGUUGUACGAAGGUCAUGUUCUAUUGGGGGUAGUGAAUUCCAUCGGUUAUCUUCAAUUAUGGCAAUUGACGGAAAAAAGUCAAAUGAAUUUAUUAGUAGAAACAAAGAUACGUUGUGUGGAUGAUGAGUACUUGGCGUUGUCUUUGGACUGGAGUACAGGAAGAAGUUGUUGGAAUCAGUCGACUGAAGCUAGAAUUACUAUCAGUGAUUCGAAGGGAUUCAUUACUGUUUACAGCAUUUCUCAGGAAAAACUUCAUUGUCUUGGAUCUCAGCUCGCUCAUCAAUUCGAAGCCUGGAUAACUUCCUUCAAUUAUUGGGACACGAACGUCAUUUAUUCAGGUGGUGAUGAUUGCAAGUUCAAGUGGUUUGAUACACGAACUGGUUUGAAAUCGGUUGGUUCUAAUGCAGUGCAUACAGCUGGAGUUACAAGUUUACAUUCGAAUGUAGGAAAGGAAUAUCUUUUAGCAUCUGGAAGCUACGAUGAAGUUCUUCGUCUGUGGGAUACGAGACACCUGCGUAAAGCAAUCUCAGAGACCAAUAUGUCCGGUGGAAUUUGGCGAUUGAAAUGGGAUCCAUUUUAUCACAAGUACCUAUUCGCAGCUUGUAUGUACGGGCAUUUUAAAAUUAUCGAUUGUCAGCACAACGAUAAUCCCAAGAUACUGGAGCAGUUGAAGGAGCACGAGAGCAUUGCCUACGGUUGUGACUGGUCUUCACUUUCUAAAGUCCAAGUUAAACAGAAAAUCGAUUCAGAUAAUUAUGAAGACGAUGCCAUGCUUGUUGCUACUUGUUCUUUCUAUGAUCAUACGUUGAAACUGUCUGCUUUGACGAUUAAUUAAUAAUAAAGUAUAUCAUGGGUAUAUGAUUAUUUCAAUUCGAGAGAUUUUUCCCCAGUAUUGACUAUUUUUUCAUAAAUCAAGUAAUUAAAGUGAAACUCUUUCCACGUCACCCAAGAGGUAGAGUCCUCGACGCGUUUUUUUUUAAAGUGGUAUCCCCUGUAGGCCUAAUCCACUAAGUCAAUAGAUGGGAAAUUGUUAUAAUUUGAAAACCUGGAAUAAAAAAAGAAUCAUGACAUUUAUUAAUAAUAAAUAAUAAAUUCAUCAAUUUCUAUGAAUAUUCUAGCUGCAUUGUCGAUGUUGAAGCAUCUCAGCAAUACUGAUUUGGGAGAAAUAUUGAACGAUGAUGGAAGAUUCGAGGAAGUUGUCAAUGACAUAAAACAGAUAUGCGACUUACUUACUUUUCGUGAGGUUUUCU